UAAUUUUAUUAUUUUCAUGUUGACCUGAGUAUCAGUAUCCUAUCAGUUAUCAGACUUUGGUCUGGUUUUGAUUGUGGCAGUUGACUGGCUAGCUUAGCUAAUAAUAAUCUAGAUCUAGCUGAAUUUUUUAAAAUUAAUUCUAGACCCUCUUGAUUUAUUAAUGAGUUUAGUCAUGCUGCUUACUUAGACUAGGCCUUCUUACUUAGUACCUAGAAUAGAUUACUAGAUCUAAAUAAUAAUUAAGAUUAGGCCUAAAAGUUAUUUAUAUUAAAAUAUAUCUGUGUUGAACAGUGACUACUAAAGUUAAAUGACUUAUGCAAAUUACAGUGAUAGCCUUAUCUAAUAAUGAUCAAUGGAAAAGCUACACAUAUUUAUCUUUGCACUUAACAAGUUUUUGAACAGUAAUUCUAAACUGCCAUUUUUGACUACUGCAGCUUUGAAAUUGCUAAAAAGUUAUCAGUGCCCAUAUAGCAUUGAUUAUGCCUGUGUACAGUACCGACAUAGGAGGAAAUUUUUAAAAUGCUCUUCACUUAAUCUUAAGCCUCAUCAUAACAGUUGCAGGAAUAGCUUUCUACAACACUACUCACUGAAAAACCCAGCUGCUUUAUUCAACAAUAACAGUUUGCAGUUUUCUGCUAAUACAAGCAUGACACCUAUAGUUGAAAAUCAAGCUGAUUUAAAAACUGGGAAGCCUCAUACCUUGUUUUGCUAUGUAUAUAACAAUUCUGAUGGUGUACUUAAUCCAGCUGUUUGUACAAGACACACAGAAAAUGAAAGUCAUUACACUAAACCUGAUUUCAAAGAUGUUAUACAAAGGAGCACUGCCUGUCUUUUAAGUGGUGGAGUUGUUGCUGUUCCAACAGAUACAAUUUAUGGUAUAGCUGGUCUAGCUCAAAAUGUUGAUGCUGUCAACAGAAUUUAUGAAAUUAAAAAAAGAAACUUUCAGAAUCCUGUUGCUAUCAGUGUUGCAACUAUUGAUGAUAUUUAUAGAUGGGGAAAAGUAAAUAUUCCUAAACAGAUUUUAACAGAACUCUUGCCAGGUCCAGUAACUGUUGUUUUUGAAAGAAGUCCUGAUUUAAAUCCUCUUCUCAAUCCCAACACAAAUUUGGUUGGUAUUCGUAUACCAAAAAAUGACUUUAUGCAGGAAUUAGUUAAACAAUGCAAUGGUCCUAUUGCCCUGACCAGUGCUAAUAUCAGCGGAGCAAAAAGUUGUCUAGAAAUUGAGGAGUUUAAAAACUUAUGGAACAGCCUUGACCUUAUUGUGGAUGGAGGAAAGAUCAAUGAUACAGAAGAGUCUCGUCUGGGUUCUACUGUUGUUGACUUGUCAGUAUCUGGAAAAUUCCGUAUUAUCAGACCAGGGAGUGCAUACCAAGCCACUAGCUCUUGUUUGAGAAGAUUUGGCCUGCAGGAAGUCAAGGAUGUUACAGUAUCAGAGAGAUAGCAUAAGCAUAACUUCUAGGUACUUUUUAUUUGAGAAAAUGCUACUGUUACAAAUGUUUUACUGUACAAAUAAAUAGUUCCUUGUUUAAAGAUUUCUGAUGUAAAAAUAUGUUAUUAAGUGUUGUUGUUAAAUACCUUUAAUAUUUUGUUUUCUAUGUUGUUUUCAAAACCUACUAACACUAACAGUCUCCAAAAUAUAUUUUCACCUUUCUUUUUUGUUAAGGCCUACAUAAUUUGUUUCUGAGAAUAUUCAACAUUAUACAAGUCUCAUUAAUUGAUUUAAAUUUGUUAAAUGGUGGAUCCCAUUGUUCACUUGAUA